AUGCCUGAGCUCGACGACGUCUCAUACUCGUUCGACGAGUGCGUUACCGCGAUUCGCGAUUAUUAUACCUUCCUCACCAAGAUGUACAUGGAUGAAUCGGAGGUCCUCGAGCCGCCCGAGCAAGGUUGGCCGAGCAUUGUCAACGCUAGACCCAAGAUCCUAGAGGAGUUUGGCAAGAAUGCUGAAGUACUCAGGCUCCUAUCACACCUGCCCUAUGUGCAGAUUCCUGCAGAUGGGACAGAAGCUCAGUCGCUUCCUAACGGGAAAUUUACCGACUGGAAUACUCUCUUUGCCUGGGUUGAAAAUGGCUUAGUUGAUAUUGAAGGACUUAAGAGUGCAACCGAGGGUGAUUUUCACGACUUCAAGGUCUCACAUGCUGUGGGCCUCUCGUUUGUGGACGAUAUCUAUACCACCCUUAUUCUCGAUACACAAUUGGGUAUUAUUCACUAUGGCGCAUGCCCUGGUAAAAUCCGCCACAGCCCAUCACAGGAGCCUAUCUCGGAUGAUUUCUAUGACUAUGCCGACGAAGAGGACGAGCCUGCCUGGCGGGAGGCCGAGUGGUGCGCUGAUGCUCCAGCCUGGACCAUUCCAGCCUUCUUCGAGCUCCUCAAGGACCAGUUUAGGCAGCUCAACUUCGUGCCCCUCGGCCGGCGAACGGUUGUAGACGUCUUUACCACCUGGCCUGACGAUAAAGCCGGCUUGAUACCCAUGGUGCAAGAUAUCUACCGUCAGCAUGGCUGGCCUGACCUAAACCGCUACAAUAAAGACGAGUGCAUCCCAGCAGUGCAAAAGGCGCUGAGAGAGAAAUACCCCAACGAACCCUGUACUUAA